AUGAAGAGCGAAGUAUUAGAUUUAGAAACAAAAAUAAUCAAUCAUGAGGCUUAUGGAACUUCAUAUAAAUGGUCACCUAGAGACUUCGAACUAGGUUCUGCACUUGGCCAAGGCAAAUUCGGCCAUGUUCAUGUUGCCAGAGAAAAGAAAACUGGGUAUUUAGUGGCCAUCAAAACAUUAUUUAAAUCACAGAUCACACGAUCGAAAUGUGAGAGGCAAGUAUUGCGAGAAAUUGAAAUUCAGUCACAUAUCAAACAUCCACAUAUAUUAAGGUUACUGACAUGGUUUCAUGAUGAGAGACGCAUCUAUCUAGUGGUAGAGUUUGCAGCAGGAGGUGAAUUGUAUAAGCAUCUCACUAAUUCACCUAAAGGCCGGUUUCCAGAAGCCACAGCUGCUAAAUAUAUUUAUCAGGUUGUAGAUGCUGUAGAAUACUGUCAUCAACAUCAUGUAAUACACAGAGACAUAAAACCAGAAAACAUCUUAGUAGCUUAUAACGGUGAUCUUAAACUUGCUGAUUUUGGCUGGUCUGUGCAUGCUCCUUCAGAAAGGCGUAAGACAAUGUGUGGUACAUUAGACUAUCUACCCCCAGAGAUGAUAAAGCGUGAAGUAUAUGAUGUGUCAGUAGACCAUUGGUGUAUUGGAGUACUUUUAUAUGAAUUUCUCGUUGGGAAACCUCCGUUUGAGAGUGAAGGUCAGGACAAAACUUACGCAAGGAUCCUUGCAUUAGACCUGGUGUAUCCCAGUCAUGUACCGGAAGGAGCAAAGGAUCUUAUUUCUAAGCUUCUCCGGCCCUCAAGUAAAGACCGCCUAUCAUUAGACGCAGUAAAGAAGCACUACUGGGUGCAGCAGUUCCACAACAAUGAUGUAUAG